CCUAGGUCCUCAACAUCCUCUCCUCAUACUCAUGACUUUCUCCAGAUCUUCGACAGGCAGUGUUAAGACCGUUGCGUCUACUGCGGUCAGUGAAGUUGCGAGCAAUGCAGCUGAAUCUGAACCUGUCAAGUUCCUUGAAUCAAAGUUUGAGCGCGAUACUAUGCGUCGCGUCGACUGGCGAAUGCUACCGCUCCUCGGCCUCUUGUACUCUGUGACUAUCAUAGACAGAUCCAAUAUGGGUAUAGCACGUACCGCAGGAAUGGGAACUGACUUGUCUCUCAAUGUCGGGAAUAGGUUCAGUAUUGCCUCCUGUGUCUAUUUUGUGCCAUAUAUUCUAUUGCAGCUUCCGACCAACCUAGUGCUGCGAUACUUCGGCGCGCGUUAUUGCCUUACGUUCUAUAUCUUUGGCUGGGGGUGUGUUGAGUUGGCCACCGGUUUCGUCAAGAAUUGGAAAGACCUCGUCUUGUGCAGGGUUCUUCUUGGCACUCUGGAGGCGGGAUUUUUCCCCGCUUUGGCCUAUAUCGUAUCGACAUGGUACACGCGGCAAGAAGUGCAGACCAGAAUCGCUGCUUUCUUCCAAACGGCGAUCGCACUGAGUGGUUUCGGCGCGAUUCUGUCCUAUGUCAUCACUCUGCUGAAAGGCCACGGGGGCCUGAGUGGCUGGUCUUGGAUCUUCAUCAUCGAAGGCCUUUUUACAGUGUUUUGUGCUCUUCUGGCGUUCUUGUUCUUGCCGGAUUUCCCUGACAAGAAUAGGUUUUUGACUCCUGAACAAACGGACCUCGUGCUGAAGCGCGUCGAGCUCGACCGUGGUGACUCCGUUCCCGACGAAAUCACAUUCGUCAAAGUUAAACAAGUUCUUGGAGACUGGAUAAUCUGGGCACAUGCACUGAUGUUUAUGAGCUCGGCAAUGCCUGGAUACGCAGCGAGCUAUUUUACCCCAAUCAUUCUGUCGGGCAUGGGGUACAGCUUAUCUGACUCAUUGCUAUUGUCAGCACCUCCGAUAGUCUUCGCGGCUUUAUGCUCCUUCAUUUUCGCCUGGAUAUCGGACAAAGCAGGCCGUAGGGCCAUUUUUAUUGCCAUGCAGAGCCUUCUAAAUGUAGUCGGUCUCUUUCUAACCGGCUAUGCCAACGGUCAGGCAGCACGAUACAUUGGCAUAUUUUUGUUUUCUGCGGGUUCUUCAGGUUGUAUGUCUGCUGUGAUAUCCUACAACGCGAACAAUAUCGUUGGACAGACAAAGCGAUCGGUGUGUUCCGCACUCAUCAUUUCCUUCGGAGGUAUUGGUGGAAUUCUGGGAACCACAGUAUUCCGACAACAGGAUUAUCCACGAUACAUUCCAGGGACAUGGGCAACCGUUGGAGCGCAGAUUUUGACGUUGACACUUUUAACGCUUACGACUGCAACGUAUGCCCAUCGCAACAAGCAGUCGGCUACACGCGGUGAUGUUCUAGAGGGGCAACCUGGUUUUCGAUACAUUCUAUAA